AUGUCGCAACCACAGCAAUACCCUUCUCUACCUCGCGAGAGUACGCUCGCCCAACUCCCGGCAGAAUACCCCACCGACACCCAAGACCAAAUCUCCCAGAUACUCGCAACCUCCACGAUCAACCGUCUCGUUGUGCUAGACGACGAUCCAACUGGCACGCAAACCUGCCACGACAUCAAUGUUCUCGCCGUCUGGGACAUCCCAACCCUAACAGCAGAAUUCCAAAACAAUUCAGCGGGAUUCUUCAUCCUUACAAACUCUCGCGCUCUCCCACCCAAAGAGGCCGAAACCCUAAUCAAAACAAUAUGCUCAAACGUCUCUGCUGCCGCCCAAUCUACCGGCAAUAAAGUCGACAUCGUCCUCCGCGGCGAUAGCACACUGCGUGGCCACUUCCCACUGGAAACGGACGUUGCACAGUCUGUCUUCGGUCCAGCAGACGCACUAGUCCUAGCACCAUUCUUCUUCCAAGGUGGCCGGUAUACCAUCAAGGAUAUACACUAUGUCGCAGAAGGAGAUCAACUCGUUCCAGCGGGCUCAACACAGUUUGCGAAAGAUGCGACAUUCGGGUAUAAGAGCUCCAAUCUACGUGAUUAUGUACAAGAAAAAGCGGCUGGGCGGUUCUCAAGCGAUCAAUUGCACUCUGUGACUAUUGAUGAGAUAAGGCGUGGAGGCCCCGAGGCUGUUUGUGAGAAAUUGCUCGCCUCCCCAGCAGGUGGUGUGAUCAUUGUCAACGCAGCCGCAGAGUCCGAUAUGCACGUCUUUGUUGCGGGUUUGUUACUCGCUGAAUCAAAGGGCAAACACUUCCUCUACCGUACAGGCGCAGCAUUUGUCUCAACAAGACUCGGUAUCCGCUCCAAAGCCCCCAUAACCGCGACCGAGCUUGAACUCCCCCUCACCACGACAGACUGGUGGCCUUAUUCUUGCGGGCUCAUAUCCCAGCUGAAAGUGCUGACAGACCGCCGUGGAAGUAUGGGUCAACUCGCAAUAAUCGAAAUCAAAGUCGAGGAGCUUAUCGCUUCGCCUGAGACGGCCGCGGAGACUGUAUCGCGUAUCGUCAAGGAGACGGAAUCGCAUCUAAGUGCUGGGACGGAUACGCUGGUUAUGACUAGUCGGAAGCUUAUUACGGGGAAGGAUGAGCUUUCGUCGUUGAGCAUUGGGGCUGCUGUAGCCGAGGCGCUUGUCAGUGUUUUACAGCGGAUUGAAGUACGGCCAAGGUAUAUUAUUGCAAAGGGUGGUAUUACCUCUUCUGAUGCGGCAACGAAGGGCUUGAAUGUCAAGCGGGCUUUGAUUGUUGGUCAAGCUGCUCCUGGUGUGCCUUUGUGGAGGUGUGAUGAGACUACAUCUCGGCAUCGGGGUGUGCCUUUCGUUGUAUUUCCUGGUAAUGUGGGUGGAGAGGAGACGCUUUGUGAGUUGGUUGAGGGAUGGAGUUAG